AUGGACAGUGAAAUGGCCAAGGGAAAGAAGAAUCCAAACUCGUCGAUACUCAAGAAAAUGAAGCGUUAUUUAUCGAUGAAGAGGAGAAGUCGAACGAAUUUGUUGUCCAAGAGCAAAUCAUGGAACAGCAAUGGCAAACCAAAGAGUCCAGUAGUACUUGCACCCCAAGGCUGUUUUUAUGUGUACGUUGGACCCGAGAAAGAGAAGUUUAUAAUCAAGGCAAAAUAUGCAAACCAUCCAUUGUUCAAGAUGUUGCUUGAAGAUGCUGAAAUGGAAUAUGGUUAUGAUAACCAAGGACCAAUUUUGCUUCCUUGUGAUAUUAAUUCUUUUUACAAAGUAUUGGGCGAGAUGGAUAGUGACAAAGAGACUAUUGGGCCAGGGAGUGGGCUUCCUUAUGGCUCAUGCAGCCCAUUUAGUCCAGCUAAGCGUUUGAAGAUUGGAGAAAUGGGCAAGGAUUAUGGCUCUUAUGGGAUUCUCACUACACCAAGAAUGCUCAAGCUCAACAGUUUUAAUUAG